AUGAAUGAGCAACCCUCACCUGUCUUCCAGGAGAAGAAACCGUCGCUCCCCGCGGCCGGGGGCUCCGUCUCGGCCACCAAGGAUUCCCCGACCCUGCCCGAGUCCUCGUCCACAGACAUGGGCUUCUACAGCGGCCAGAGUGCGCUGCACUGCUCGCAGGAUUUCUACCCGGCACAGCAGCCCUACUCAGCCCAACACAUGAACCCCUACGCAUAUCACCACUAUAACCUGAACGGGAUGGGUCCCGGCGGCGCGUACCCCGUCGGCAAGGCAGAAUACCCCUACCCUCACGCAACUUACAGAGAGCACGGUGCGUUCGGCAGGGAGGCGCAGUCGGCGGUGCACGACGCUGUGAAAGAAGAACCAGACAUGGAGGUUCGGAUGGUCAACGGGAAGCCCAAGAAGGUGCGCAAGCCACGGACCAUUUAUUCCAGCUACCAGCUGGCAGUCCUGCAGAGGAGAUUCCAGUCGGCCCAGUACCUGGCCCUGCCGGAGCGGGCUGAGCUGGCCGCACAGCUGGGCCUCACACAGACGCAGGUCAAAAUUUGGUUCCAGAACCGUCGCUCCAAGUUUAAGAAGCUCUACAAGAACGGAGAGUUUCCACUUGGGGAAAUUUCUCUUGAACACAGUCCAGGUGCCAGCGAUUCCAUGGCCUGCAACUCUCCUCCGUCCCCAGCCGUGUGGGAAAACAGCAGCAACAGGAACAGUAACAACAAUAACAACAACAACAACAACAACAGCAGCAGCAGCAGCAGCAGCAGCAGCAGCAACAACACAAACAGCAGCAGCGGCGUCAAGAAUAACGCAAUGCUGGAUGCUACCAGCAGGGGGCAGGGUCCCUAUCAGCCUGCAGAUGAUUCCUCGCCCAGCUACAUGGGGGAGUAUACACACCAGAACUGGUAUCAGCAGCAGAGCGCACAUUUAGGUCUGCCAUUGUCAGGCCCGACGCACCACACACCGUCAACAGCACAGUCAGCCACACAGAGUAUGGGGGCCGUUUACUGAGACCGGGACUCUGCUGAGCUCUGCGGAGCCCUGCGCUCAAAAGCCGGGGGGAAUUUUUGGAUGAUUUAGAGUGCUGUUGUGACCAAAAACACCUGACAGCGAUCAUCAGACACGAGUCAUGACUGUAAAACCUGACACACGUGUUGUAAAACAGGCUUUUCUGCAGUAAAUGUGGAUUGAAAAAAGCGCUGGCCUCA